AUGGGUGUGACACUCACCGAGUUACAAUACACUCCCAUCGAGGAGAUCCCUGCUCGAGUCUCCACCGCCCAGAAGACUUUCCUUGAACACAAGACACGCGAUGUGGAGUUCCGUCUUCUCCAGUUGCGCAAGUUUUAUUGGGCCAUCAAGGACCACGGCGAGGAAAUCGUCCAGGCUCUUGCCAAGGACCUGAACAAGCCGCGAUUCGAGGCCGAGAAUUUCGAGGUUGAAUGGGUGCUCAAUGAUAUUGUAUUCACCUCCAAGAACCUGUACAAAUGGAUGGAGGAUGAGAAACCCGCCGAUAUCGACUUCUCUUUCAAGUUUAUGAACCCAAAGAUCCGAAAGGAUCCCCUGGGUUGUGUUUUGGUGAUUGGCGCAUACAACUUCCCCAUCCAAUUGACUCUGGGUCCCGUUAUUGGUGCUAUCGCAGCUGGAAACACCGUGGUUAUCAAGCCCAGCGAGAGCGCUUCUUACAGCGCGGCUGUUAUGCAAAAGAUUAUUGAGUCUAGCCUCGACCCCUCAUGCUACACUGUUGUUCAAGGCGGUAUUCCCGAAACACAAGCCUUGCUGGCUCAGCGCUGGGAUAAGAUCUUCUUCACCGGUAGUGCCAAUGUUGGUCGCAUCAUCGCCAAGGCUGCGGCCCCUAACUUGACUCCGGUCGUUCUGGAGCUGGGUGGCAUCAACCCGGCUAUUAUCUCCAGAAAUGCCGACCCGCGAUUGGUGGCCCGCCGUUUGCUCUGGGCUAAGGCCGUUAACGCGGGUCAGCUCUGUACCUCGCAGAACUAUCUGCUUGUCGAGAAGUCUAUUGUGCCACAGGUCGUUCAGGAGUUCAAGAACGCCUACAACGAGUUCUAUCCCAAUGGCGCUAAGAACUCAACUGAUUUCGCGCAUAUCAUCAAUGAUGGACAUUUCCAGCGCCUGAAGGGUAUGCUGGAUAACACUAAGGGUGAAAUUCUGAUGGGUGGCACGAUGGAUGAGAAGUCCCGGUUUAUCGAUAUUACCAUGGUCCAGGUUGACUCAGUUGAGGACUCCAUGUGUAGCCAAGAAAGCUUCGGUCCUUUCAUUACGAUCCUCCCCGUGGAGAAUCUAGAUGAGGCUAUUAGAGUUGCGAAUGGCGUUCAGAGUACCCCGCUGGGUGUGUACCCAUUCGGCUCAAAGGCUGAUACUGACAAGAUUAUCAAUUCUACUCGCUCCGGUGGUGUCGCCGUUAAUGACGCUUCCCUGCACAUCCCCACACUUCAAUUCGGCGGUGUCGGUGAGAGUGGAAAUGGCGCUUACCGUGGUCGUGCCAGCUUCGACGUCUGGGUCCACCGUCGUACAGUCACAACCAGUCCCAGCUGGGUUGAAAGAUUCCUCGCUAUCCGCUACCCGCCGUAUGCUGGCAAGGUCGAGAAGUUCCAGGCUGCCAGCAGCUUGAAGCCCGACUUUGACCGCGACGGUCGCAAGCUGUCCUGCGGAUGGUUGCGCUAUUUCUUGACCCUCGGUGGUGGCAAUGCCAAAACCGGUGCGGGUCGUGCCGUUGCUGUCGCUGCCAGUGAGUAA